UCUCUCUUUCUCCACUGUACCUCCUCUCCUUCUCUUCCUUUCCCCCCUCGGCGGCGCAUGCGGUGUCAGAAUACCGGACAGAACGCCCCCUCCAUCCCCCGUUUUCCGUCCUCUGUUCCUUCCUCCCCGUUUUCUUCAAGUUUUAAAUUACUCUGUUCACAGAUUCCCUUUUUUUCUUUCAUUUUCGGGUUACGACUUACUACCGAAGUCCCCAAAUUUGAGCGAGCAUUAAAACCCAUACUGCCGAUGCCCUGAUUGAUUCCCAUGGCGGCCGUUGACAAAUACAACGUCGAGUCGGCUGAAAUUCUCGCCAACAGUGCCUUGCAUUUGCCAAUUACACAGGCUGCCCCAAUUUAUGAGCAACUCUUGUCAAUUUUUCCCACCGCUGCAAAAUAUUGGAGGCAAUAUGUGGAGGCUCAGAUGGCGGUGAGCAACGAUGAUGCUACCAAACAAAUAUUUAGUCGCUGUUUAUUGAAUUGUCUUCAAAUUCCUCUUUGGCGCUGUUAUAUUCGAUUCAUCCGGAAGGUCAACGACAAGAAAGGUGUAGAGGGUCAGGAAGAGACUAGAAAGGCAUUUGAUUUUAUGCUUGGCUAUGUUGGUGCUGACAUAGGAUCUGGACCUGUGUGGAUGGAGUACAUUGCAUUUUUGAAAUCACUGCCGCACAAGAUGGUUUUGCAGGCUGCAAACACUCAGGAAGAGUCACAACGGAUGACUGCAGUGCGGAAAGCUUACCAGAAAGCUAUUGUUACUCCAACUCAUCACGUUGAACAGCUAUGGAAGGAUUAUGAAAAUUUUGAAAAUUCUGUCAGCCGCCAACUGGCUAAAGGACUUCUCUCUGAAUAUCAACCAAAAUAUAACAGUGCAAGGGCUGUGUAUAGGGAACGGAAGAAAUAUGUGGAUGAAAUUGAUUGGAAUAUGCUUGCUGUACCACCAACCGACUCUUGCAAGGAAGAAAUGCAAUGGAUGACAUGGAAGAGGCUUUUAGCCUUUGAGAAAGGAAAUCCUCAAAGGAUAGAUAGUGCCUCCUCCAACAAGCGAAUUAUAUUCACUUAUGAACAGUGUCUAAUGUAUUUAUACCAUUAUCCUGAUAUAUGGUAUGAUUAUGCUACAUGGCACGCAAAAAGUGGCUCCAUGGAUGCUGCGACCAAGGUGUUUCAGCGAGCCUUGAAGGCUCUUCCUGAUUCAGAAAUGCUAAAUUAUGCAUAUGCAGAGCUAGAGGAAUCCCGUGGAGCAAUCCAAUCUGCAAAGAAAUUAUAUGAAAGCCUUUUGGGGAAUGGUGCUGACACUACAGCACUAGCACAUAUACAAUUUAUCCGCUUUAUAAGAAGGACUGAAGGUGUUGAAGCAGCUCGCAAGUAUUUCUUAGAUGCUCGUAAAACCCCUACUUGCACGUAUCAUGUUUAUGUUGCUUAUGCUUUGAUGGCUUUUUGUCUUGACAAGGACCCAAAGGUUGCUCACAAUGUUUUUGAAGCAGGAUUGAAACAUUUUAUGCAUGAGCCUGCAUACAUCCUAGAAUAUGCAGAUUUUUUGUCUUGUUUGAAUGAUGACAGAAACAUCCGGGCAUUAUUUGAGCGAGCAUUAAGCUCACUACCACAAGAAGAAUCUAUUGAGGUCUGGAAACAAUUCACCCAGUUUGAGCAAACUUAUGGUGAUCUAGCUAGCAUGUUGAAGGUUGAGCAAAGACGGAAGGAAGCUCUUUCUGGCAAAAGUGAAGAGGCUGCUUCUGUGUUGGAGAGUUCUCUACAAGAUGUUGUAGCACGCUACAGUUUCAAGGAUCUCUGGCCCUGUACUUCCAAGGAUCUUGACCAUUUGUCCCGACAAGAGUGGCUCGCUAAAAACAUUGGUAAGAAAGUGGAAAAGUCAGCUUUCUCUAAUGGAUCUGCGACAAUAGAUAAGAAUCCAUCCGCACCAACAAGCAAUUCAACUGCUUCUGUUAAAGUCCUUUAUCCAGAUAUAUCUCAGAUGGUGGUUUAUGAUCCAAGGCAACAUUCUGGAACUGCAGCUCCUCCAAACACAACAGCUCCUGCAAUUCUUGCUGCUUCCAACCCCUUGUCAAAUCCCACAAUUUCUGCAGUAGACAGUGGAUCUGCCAAUGCAUUUGAUGAAGUACUGAAAGCAACACCACCUGCUUUGGUGGCAUUUCUGACAAACUUGCCUGCUCUUGAAGGUCCGAUACCAAAUGUAGACAUUGUAUUGUCCAUAUGUUUGCAGAGUAACUUACCAACUGGUCAAACUAAGAAGUUAACUGCCCUCCCAUCUCAAAGGACUACAGGUCCUGCUCCUAGCACAAGUGAUCUUUCUGGUUCAAGCAAGUCCCAUCCCAUCCCUAGUAGCUCAUCUUUCAGACCAAGGGACAGGCAUCUUGGAAAAAGAAAGGAUCUAGACAGUAAGUUUCCUGCCGUAUUCAUGGGGCAAGAGGAGGAUGAAACUACAACAGUUCAAAGCCAACCACUGCCAAGAGACGUUUUCAGGAUACGGCAAAUUCAGAAGGCUCGAGGAGGUUCUGCUUCACAGACUGGAUCAGUAUCUUAUGGAAGUGCUCUUUCUGGGGAUCUCUCCGGCAGUACUUACUAAUGUGUUCUUGGCUUUUUUGAGAAAUGUCUGGUCUCAAACCUGACUCAACAAUGGUAGAGGGAGGGCACAACCUGAUGCAGAUCCCAAAGAUUACAGCACAGUAAUUGUCAUUGCAGAUUGCUAACAAGAUUGAUCUUGAUGAAGCUAAGUCAGUCAGCAACCAUCAAACACAAACAAGAGUUCAGAUAGCAAUGGCAGCAGAUCCGAUUAAAGAAUAUUAUAUCUUCAGCUAAAUUCAGAAGCUUAUCCUAGCUGUGCCAAGUUGAAUUUUAAAUUUGUAAGCUUGUAUUAUCAUAAUUGUUCUUGUUAUUAUAAAUUCAUUACAAAGGCAAUGCAAUACUCACGGCAUUUUUCAGCCUUGUUUAAA